CGGGGGUCCAACCAAAAAAGAGAUCAUGCAACUGGAACGACGAUUUCAGCGAGAUGGAGAAGUAGCUAUUAUUCUCAAGACCUUCGAGCAUCUAGAACUCGAUAAACUUUUCCUUGUAAGCAUAUGA